AGUAAAGAUGGGAAGACAGAUAUAUAUAGCCGUGGCAGGCAAGGGAGAAUUUGGAGAAAUUCCAAAUCUGUGUGCAGGGGAAAGUGGACAAAAGGAACGUUCGUGUCCUCGUGAAAAUCUGGUGAAAAUCAUCUCUCUCGCCUUGAGCACCACGUAGUAUAAAUCAGAGCACAGAUGCGGAGAUUCGUGAUUGGCCAAGCUAAAAGCCUCUCAGACCGAACCCGUCAACAUCACAGAAAUCACCGCUUCGUCUCCCUGUUCCUUCCUUCCUCUUCUUCGGCUUCUGGUUCUGUUUCUUCCUCGCGUCUAUUCUCCUCUGCUUCGGACAUGGCUGGUUCCAAUUCCUCUUCCUCCCUUCCCGUCACCGUCCAAUCCAUCAACCCCAAGGUUCUCAAAUGUGAGUAUGCUGUCCGUGGAGAAAUUGUCAGCAUUGCCCAGAGGUUGCAAGAAGAUUUGAAGGUCAACAAGGAUGCUUAUCCAUUUGACGAGAUAAUCUACUGCAACAUUGGGAAUCCACAAUCUCUUGGUCAGCAGCCUAUCACAUACUUCCGGGAGGUUCUUGCUUUGUGUGACCACCCGGCUCUUUUGGACGAGAGUCAAACACAUGGUUUGUUCAGCGCUGAUGCAAUAGGUCGAGCAUGGAAGAUUCUUGACCAAAUUCCUGGAAGGGCAACUGGUGCUUACAGUCACAGCCAGGGUGUCAAGGGAUUACGUGAUACUAUUGCUGCUGGAAUCGAAGCCCGUGAUGGUUUCCCUUGUGAUCCAAAUGACAUUUUCUUGACAGAUGGUGCAAGUCCAGCGGUCCAUAUGAUGAUGCAACUUCUAAUAAGUUCAGAGAACGAUGGAAUUCUUUGCCCAAUUCCACAGUACCCGUUGUACUCAGCUUCGAUUGCCCUGCAUGGUGGAACUUUGGUUCCAUACUAUCUUGAUGAAGCAACCGGAUGGGGUUUGGAAGUAUCUGAAGUUAAGAAGCAAGUGGAGGAUGCGAGGUCAAAGGGCAUUGCUGUAAGAGCCUUGGUUGUCAUAAACCCUGGUAACCCGACAGGACAGGUUCUGGCGGAAGAUAACCAGCGUGACAUUGUUAAUUUCUGCAAGCAAGAGGGCUUGGUUCUUUUAGCUGAUGAGGUUUAUCAAGAAAAUGUUUAUGUUCCUGACAAAGAAUUCCAUUCGUUUAAGAAGGUAGCCCGCUCUAUGGGUUACGGUGAGAAGGAUAUCUGCUUAGUCUCAUUCCAGUCCGUCUCCAAAGGGUACUAUGGAGAAUGUGGGAAAAGAGGGGGUUACAUGGAGAUUACUGGGUUUACUCCUGAAGUAAGAGAACAGAUAUACAAAGUUGCCUCGGUGAAUCUUUGUUCUAACAUCUCUGGUCAGAUUCUUGCUAGCCUUGUCAUGAGCCCACCCAAGGUUGGUGACGAGUCCUAUGAGUCAUACAUGGCAGAGAGAGAUGGCAUUCUCUCAUCUUUGGCGAGACGGGCAAAGACACUGGAAGAGGCACUAAACAAGCUGGAGGGAGUAACAUGCAACAGAGCAGAAGGAGCAAUGUACCUCUUCCCACGCAUCAACCUUCCUCAAAAGGCAAUCAAAGCUGCAGAGGCUGCAAAGACAGCACCAGAUGCUUUCUACUGCAAACGCCUUCUCAACACCACUGGAGUUGUGGUGGUUCCUGGUUCUGGCUUCGGACAGGUUCCGGGAACAUGGCACUUCAGAUGCACGAUACUUCCGCAGGAGGACAAGAUCCCGGCGAUCGUGAGCCGUAUAACUGAGUUCCAUCAGAGCUUCAUGGACGAGUUCCGUGACUAAAUGCAAAUGCUCUCUGCAGAUUUCAGCCCUCAACCCUUUUCAGAGAUCUAACAGAAAACUGAAUAAUAAAAUGCCUUGAAGUUCUGUUCCCUGUCAUAUGUCCGUUUGUUAAUGUUUUGUUUUUGUUUACAAGGUUUUGUUUCUUGAACUCAAGUUCUGUUCCUUGUCAUAUGGUCUCGUUUGGGUGGGUGAGGCGACAAUGUGGUCAACGUUGCAAUAAUAAGAGGAGUUUGGCCAAGAAAUAUUAUAGUUUUCGGUCCAAA